AUGAAAAUUAGAUUUCCUCGUUAUUCCCAACAGCCUAAUCCGGUCACUCUCUCGAGAGAUGGAAAAGCCAUUCAUCUUAAACUACCAAAUGGACAACCAAAAAGGAUUAAGAUACCCACGCCGGAGCAGAUUAUCGAAGAAUGUAAAGGAACCGCUUACACAGCUUUUCGAAUCUUCCACAGGACGCUUGUUACAGGCUUGAAGGACGAACCUUACAAGCCAUAUGAAGUGCAAAAAUUUGCAUUAAAGUCGUGGCGUCUAGUGAAUGAUGAUUUGAAAGCCUUAUAUCAAACGCUCAACAGAAACACAAAGGCUCUUUUGAAAUCCAAGAAUUUUGUAUUUGACCAAUGGUGCAAACGGAUUUUGCAUAAUCAAAAUCAACCAUGCAUCAAUGAAGAUACUGUUGCGCGUUCUGAAGAUUUUCCAGAAGAUUUUUCCGAAGAUGAAUACUACCCACUGGAUGAUGCACCAACAGUCCCAGAGCACGAUACAAAUCCAUACUUUUAUCAACCACAAGACGUUGUUAACCAUCAGUCCUCCUCGGACACUCCAUUAAACUAUGUCAUUCUCACGCCAUGGGAAUUUUAUCCGCAAUAUAUGGAUCUAAUUUGUACUGAAGGUGCAUGUAUAUACAUGACAGAUCCUGGCAUUAUUAUGGAUCAAGAUUUCAAAGAUCCAUUGUUAGAAUACCUAAGAGAAAAUAACUACUGUGCGUUUUUGAAAACUUCCUUUUGUUGA